UUUAAGGUAUAAGAAAUACUGUCACUGUCACGCCAUUUUAGUGAAUUCCGAAGGGGACAGUCGUCAGGUGUACAAUGAUUGUCCCGAGUUUUUUUCUCAACUAGUUAUUCCGUAUUUCGUAUUUUGUUUUUAAUUCAUUUUCGCAAUUGGCCAUAUCGAACCUGCAAGGGAUCGGGUGCCAUUAAAUACUACGAAGAAGAAGACGACGCCAUUUUAGUUUAGGACAAAUAUCGUGCACGUGAUGUCACAGGACGAAUAUCGUUAAUAUCCGUCCUGUGAUAUAUUUAAUUAUGAUAAGAAAGACUUGCUCAGACCGUUCGAGCACAUCAUGAAGAACAGAUCGUCUGUGUAGAGAUAUUGUGAGAUGCAUGGCGCAGAUUGUUUAUUCGCAAGCGCCAAAUAUUAGAUCCGAUUGUAAGAACAUUUUUGGGAGCGUUUUCCAUCGCGCGGCUAGCAAUCGUGAUGAAUCUGUUGUCAAGCUGGCCUUUUCCAUGACCGGUAAGAUUAUUAAUAAGCUGUAUGCACAGGACUUUUCAAACGAGACUAAAGACGCGGAAAUUACGAGUGAGGACGCGCCAGUAAAGGAAAUACAAUUCAUGCACAUACAGAUGGAGUUCUGCAAGAAGAGCAUGUUAAGAACUGCCAUAGAUAAUAAUUUGUACGAGGACGAGGAGUGUGUCUACAUCUACGUGCUACAGCAACUAUAUAGUGCGCCUAUAUAUAAGCUUCUACCGGCGUGUGUCGCGUCAGUGUAGAAGCAACUGCUGAGGGGAUACGACGCAGAAGCUGCAAGUGGGAUUGUUUGGGUCUUGCAUCACGCUGCACAUCUCGAUCUAGUGUGAAUUCACUCUACGAAUAUAAAGUGAGAUCUUCGUGAGUUCAGAGGCAAAAUGAGCAGAUACAGAGCAACGUUGAUACCAAAAUUAUUCUCCCACUGGUGGGAAACCCUGGAACGUCCGCAUCGUUUGAUGGAUCAGCGAUUCGCCAUCAAUCCCACGCAUUUCUUCGAGCCUUCGUUCUUCGACCGAAGAUUUCCGUUCGAGAGGGCAAUUACCGAAAACUUGCGAUCAUAGAACGAGUUUGUGCGCGAGUUUCAGCGCGACUGCGAGAACGGAUGGUCCGUCGUGAAGAACGACAAGAACAAUUCACGUGUGCCUCGACGUGCAACAAUUCGAACCCGAUGAGAUCACUGUCAAAGUGUUGGAUGAUUUCGUCGUCGUGGAAGGUAAG